AUGCCUGUCAUUCCAGAGUCCUCGGAAUUCCCAUCGGUUCCGCAGAAGGAUCCUAAAGAUGCCUCCACCAAGCCAGGCGAACAGCAAAAGGCGUCGGCCCAGGAUUUCACAUCGAAGGGUCCCGUGAUUUCUGAUAACCUGCCACCCAAGGCGACGAAGGAGGAAAUCGAAGCACGCAUGAAGGAGCUGAAUAAGCCAGCUAAUUAG